CUAGGCCUGCUGGCGUGGUCAUUUGCGUUGUACGCUGCUCUUCUAGAUCAAUGGCAUCUCUAACUGCUCCACCACCGCAAGCAGGAACUAAGCGACCGAGGAGCAGUGCUCAAGAACACCAGGUCUCAGCACCAGUCCCUGAUUUCGGUGCAGAUUCUGACGAUGAUGUUGAAGACGUAGCGCGUGGGAAGGGAGGCGACGAAGGAGGAACGCCCUCGUCUAUGAUCGUGCAGUUUGCGACACUGGAGGGGGAGAACAAGGGGCCACAGAUCGAUGUCCCACUUGGUUCGACGGUACUGCAAAUGGAGGAGCUCAUGAACCAGCUCCUGGAGAAUAAGGAUAAGGUGCCGUACACGUUCUACGUGAAUGACGCCGAAGUCAUGGAGACGCUAGAGCAAACCGUGUCGGAGCUAGCGGUUUCGACCGAGGCCGUCCUGCGUGUGUCGUACCAGCCGCUAGCGGUGUUCCGCGUGCGGCCGGUGACGCGCUGCACUAGCACCAUGCCUGGACACACGGAGGCUGUCCUCCACGUGAACUACAGCCCAGAUGGAACCAUGCUUGCAAGCGGGGGCGGAGAUAUGACCGUCAGGUUUUGGGACGUGCAGACAUCCCUUCCUCGCUUCACAUGUAGAGGGCAUCGCCACCAUGUCCUCUGCACCGCGUGGGCGCCAAACGGGAAACGUUUCGCGUCUGCGGACAGGAAGGGCGAGAUUCGGCUAUGGGACCCCUCGAAGGGGGUGCAGCAGGGCCAACCCCUGUCUGCGCACAAGCAGUGGGUCACCUCGCUCGCGUGGGAACCUUUGCAUCGAAAUUCCGCUGGGGAACGGCUCGCCAGUUCGUCCAAAGACGCCCUCAUCAAGAUCUGGAAUACGCGGACUGGUCGCUGCGAAGUUACACUCUCCGGACACGCCGACUCCGUCGAGAAAAUCAUCUGGGGAGGGGAAGGGUUGCUGUACUCCGCAAGUCGGGAUCGCACGAUUAAGGUGUGGAAUGUUGAGGGUGAGGGCCGAAAGCUGGGAAUUUUGGUUCGAACGCUCGUUGGGCACGGCCACCGGGUCAACACCUUGGCCCUCAGCUGCGAGGCGGCACUGCGGACGGGUCCUUUCGGAAAGGAGGAGUGCGCGCUCAAAGCGGUGUCCAAGUUUACUCCAGAAGAGGCUCAAGCCGUCGCUCUCGAACGCUACAAUCUGGCAAGGGGAGGGGAACCCGAGCGAUUGGUAUCAGGCUCCGACGACUUCACGCUCUUCCUCUGGAAUCCAGUUGACGGCAAGAAGCCGUUGGCGCGCCUGACUGGCCACCAGCAACCGGUGAAUCACCUGGCCUUCAGCCCGGACGGACGGCGUUUCGCGAGCGCCUCGUUUGAUAAGAAGGUCAAGGUGUGGGACGGCCGCACGGGCACGUUUCUCGCGACGCUCAACGGGCACGUGAGCGCGGUGUACCAGGUAGCGUGGUCUGCGGACAGCCGGCUCCUCGUUAGCGCCUCGAAGGACAGCACAGUCAAGCUGUGGGAAAUGGUCGCGCUCAAGAGGGCGAAGGCGACUCUUCCAGGGCACGCCGACGAAGUUUAUGCUCUCGACUGGUCUCCCGAUGGAUCUGCCGUUGCCUCCGGCAGCAAGGACCGGACUAUCAAGAUUUGGGCACACUGACGAGCGUUUGCUCGGUGUUGUGGGCUUGUUGCAUGGUUUGGCGAGUGGUCAGCGAGGAAAGGCAGCGGUUUCCACGGUGGUCUUGUCUUGAAGUUCUGACGUGAUGCUCUUCUUGAUACUUACACAAAAUAUUAUGGGGGGGACGUAAAAUGCCCGCUCGCGCUUCAAAAGUGAUGCUCCUGUGGUUGUCGCUGUGGUUGCGUCUUGUUGUCGCUUCGGAAGAGCUCUUGUAUCUGGAAAAAGAGUGUUGCCAUAGGUCCGCCAGGCGGUCGCAGCAGUGUAGUCCAAAAUUGAACUGUGGACGAAUUCUUGCGCAUCACAACAUGUUUU